AUGAAGACUAUUGUUCUGUUGAUCGGUGUCCUCGCCGCGGCUAGCGCUGAAUGGAUCGACAUUGAUUGGUCCCAGGUGCGUCCAAUCGAAGAAUUCGACCAUUAUUGGGCACGUCUGCCAUCGGAGCUGCAGUACUUGCGUAACGCCUUCCCCAAUCGCCGAAUCACCAACGGACAGCAAGCCACCCCGGGGCAGUUCCCGUAUCAGAUUGCUCUGAUUACUACCUUCAGCGCUGGUACCGCUCUAUGCGGGGGCUCAGUUUUGACCCGCAACUACAUCCUUACCGCUGCUCACUGCGUUCAAACUGCUCUGGGAGGUACUGCCAUCGUGGGAGUCCACAACCGUCUUCUGGCCGAAGAAAGCCAACAGCGCAUUGCCUUCACUGCGGUUGGAAUCAACAUCCAUUCUGGAUACACUUCUACCAACUUCCGCAACGACAUUGCCACCGUUCGAUUGAACAGCGCCAUGACCCUAAAUGACCGUGUGGUCCCAGUUCGCAUUCCUGUUGCUGGCGAUAGCCGCACCUUUGCUGGAUGGACCGGGACCGUCUCUGGGUUUGGGCGCCUUUCGGAUGCCAGCACGGCCACCUCUGCUGUGGUGAUGUACACCAGCAACCCGAUCAUGUCCGAGAGUGAAUGUCUUUACCGCUGGGGUAGUAAUUACAUCCAGACUCAGAACAUUUGUCUGUCCGGCGAUGGUGGUCGGUCUCCCUGCAAUGGUGACUCUGGUGGCCCUCUGGCUGUCCAGGACAACGGUAGCCUGCAGGUCGGUAUUGUGUCCUUCGGCUCUGCUAGUGGAUGUUCGGUCGGUAUGCCAUCGGUGUUUGUUCGGGUGUCGCACUUCAGAGACUGGAUUAUCGCUAACUCUGAUUUGUGAAGUGGAAAUAUUGGAAAAAUAAAUUAAUACUGUUCUGAAACAAA